AAGGGAAGAGGAAAAAUUGCAGAUAAAUAUAUUUUGUGAUAACACUUAGACAUAGUCACAUAAUUACUUAGAUACGUGUCGCAGCACUAUCACCAAGUACAUCAAAGUAGUUCUGAAAGAUAAACAAUGAGAGAGUCUAUUAUUAUAUAAAUUAAGUCAACCACAUGAAAUAGUCUUUGAAGCGGUGACAGGGGGGGAUAUCUUUUCGCGCAAUAUAAGUACAUACGAUACGAAAAUAGAAGACUAUUUCAAAUCGUUGCAAGUGCCAUAAAGUCGUGAAGGUUGCUAAAUUCAAAGAUGAUUUAUGCAGGCGAUGGCGAGCUUUAUUAACUCCACGGCGAAUCUUAUCAACGAUGCAUAUGACUACUAUCUUUGGACGCUGUCUCUCGCAGACGAGAGGACGAGGGGAUGGUUAUUGGUGGACUCGCCGAAACCAACGUUAAUAUACACGAUAUUGUACCUUCUAAUUGUUUGGGCGGGUCCUAAGGCCAUGAAGAAGCGGAAAGCUUUCAAAUUAACAUGGGCACUUGUACCUUACAACCUUGCCAUGGCCUGUCUCAAUGCUUACAUUGCCAUUCAGUUGUUUGUAGCUUCUACGAGAUUACGGUAUAGUUACGUGUGCCAGCCAAUAAGGCACAUUACGCGUCCCGACGAACUUCAGAUCGCUCACGCAGUUUGGUGGUACUACUUCAGCAAGCUUCUGGAAUUUUGCGACACGUUCUUCUUUAUUCUACGAAAGAAGGACAAUCAGUUGAGCUUCCUACAUGUCUACCACCACUCCACUAUGUUUUCGUUAUGGUGGAUCGGAAUCAAAUGGGUACCCAGUGGAUCUACUUUCCUGCCUGCGAUGGUGAACAGUUUCAUUCACGUGCUGAUGUAUUCAUACUACGGACUCGCCGCGUUAGGCCCUUCGGUGGGCAAAUACCUAUGGUGGAAGAAGUACUUGACGAUCCUUCAGCUCAUUCAGUUCACUACUGCCUUAAUUUUGGGCAUUAACGGUAUCCGAUCGGGAUGCGACUUCCCUCUCUGGAUGCAAUACGCUCUCGUAAUCUACAUGCUCUCCUUCAUCGUCCUGUUUGGAAACUUCUACGCCAAAGCUUACAUCGCAAAGGGUAAACAAGUAUACGCGGAGAAGCGGUUAAAGAGGAUAAAGGCUGCCGAGGAAGCAGCGCGUCUGAUGGCCGAGAGCAACGGAAUUGUCGCAAACGGACACACGAACGGUUACACGAACGGAGUAUCCAAGAGGAAGACCCAAUGAGGCUUUCUCCCCGGGUCUCUUCGUCGACGUUAGCUCGAUGUAGACAACACUCGCGCGGCGCAGGACAAGAGGAAAAUAGUCACGGACAUUAGUAAUAGAUACGUAGUUGACGUUGAAGGUUGCGUCGCGAUCGACGGCGACAAACAUCGAGAACGGUUCACUGAGAAAAAACAAAAAGGGGACAAAAAGCAAUGGAGCAAAGGGGAAAAGGGAGGCAACAAGAUAAAGCAAUGAAAAUGAAAAACAGACUUCGCUUAGAUCGCCUGACGUAAUCUCAUUUGCGAAACGGUUUCAACACAUUUUCUUUCUGAUGAAAAAGCGUGUCAAAUGGUCAAAAUAGCGAGCCACCGCUCGCAUGAGCUUGCAUGGCGAUCGGUUAUAACAGGAGCCAACAUGGUUAUGACACAGUGCAAAAUACACGGUGUAAAUAUUGGUCCUUUGUUCUAUUCUUAUAGAUAAAAAUGAAAUAAAGAUAUUUACGUUUUUCCUGAAUCCUCCGUUGCAGUUACGUCUGAUGUACACACACACAGUCAGCAGAUUAAAGGUUGCAACACUUUUUUCCGAGUUUUGCAACGUAUCUCGUGCCCAAUAAGAGAAUUUAUUUCUUAUCAAUUCUCGAGAGAUAUAUCUUCCUAUUGGAUAAAAGAUGCGUUGUGAAAUUCGUCGCAAAGUAAACAACUUUUAAUCCGUCGACAGUAUCAAAUAUUCGCUGCGUUCAGCGAACACAACGGUUAGACGAUCGAUUGUUGGAUGUGUUAAUCGGUAGAUCUAAAAACAUAUCCCAUACAUUAACGAUCUCUAAAGGACAUGGAUCCUAAAGAGGAUGUCCUAAGUCCUAAAGGCGUUCUCAGGAUGUCCCUGAGAUAAAAUACGGGAUACUCAAUCAUAGAUAAGUUUCACUCAGCGACUGCACAACUGUUGUGUUCACUGAACGCGCGGUUAUUGUCUGUGUUCAAUGGAGAAAGUAGUUCAGUGAACACUUAAUGAUCACCGAUGCUGAUUGAUAAUAAUCAUUAAUACGUCCGAUUUCACCAAUAUCGAUUAAACUUUAACCCGAGUUUAAACUCCCUUCAGGAAAAGACUGAAAAGACUCGGUUUAAGAUUUAAUCGACGUCGGUGAAAUCGGGCAUAAGUGCUCACUCUUUUCUCUCUACUGAACUAGUACGGCUAUAGUCAUUUCUGUCAUGUAACGGCGCAAGCUCGUGAGAUGCGGCGGUAAUCGUGACCAUUUGAUAUGCGCUUCUAACGUCGUUCGAAAAUAAUGCGUUCGAGCUGUUUCGCAGACGAGUGCACGCUGAGGCGAAUCGCAAACAUUGCGCUCGAUAUCGGGGUGACGCGGUCGAUCCAAGACGGAGAAUCGUCAACGUGAUCCUAAGCUUAUCGAUCCGCGUUUCUUAUCGGCUUCAACGAUUGUACAUCCGCUGUACAUCACCACGCUGAUCCCGGCGAUUGUACAUAUUAACGAAUAUACAGUGGAAAGUAAUUUAGUGGAAGGGGUUCGAGUUUCGUAGUGAAUAACGCGACGACGUCCGCGGGACCGGAUCCGCGUAUUUCGGGCUUCGAGGCGGAAAUUUGUGCGACCGACCAAUUUAGAAAGCCAGUUUUGCAUUCAAAUUUUAUACCAAGUCCCGUUCCGCGUUUUGCCCAAAUAUUAGUCGUCUGCACGGGAGAAGCAACUCUGUAAUUGAAUUUUCUGUCACCUGGGGACCAGACGAAACUCGGUUGUGGUAGAGAAUCGUUCGAAUCGAAUCAUAUUUGAUGAUUGCUUUCAAUCGAGUUUUGAUGCAACCGAAUGUUCACACGAAUGUGCUCUCAGUCGCAGUAACGGAGAUAUCAUUUCUCGUUACCAAGUUUUCACCUGGUCACCUAUUCGGUUGCAAGAAUUUGUUCUUCCGUGUGAGGCUUGGUAGAAUUGAAAAAUUAAAAGGGGAAAGUAUAGAAUCCCCGACGAAAGUGUACUUUAUAAAACGAGGCCCGAAGUACCAUGGAAAUGAUUCUGCGAGUUUACCGAUCCAAGUUGGAUGGACGGACGAACGGACGAACACGCGAGGCAAAUUUUUUCACGAAAGAUCGUCCUUCCUCUUUGUUUACCGUGCAAAGAUCGGAAUUGCAUUAAUUUUAUUCGAAGGGAUGAAAUGUCCGACUCGAGAAAUGUCCAGUCAUACAAUACGUUUGAUAACACGGAGAAAAAUAAUUUAGAGGUCAGCAAAUUUUGUGCUGUCGCAGCAAAUUAAUGAAUAUAUAGGAUCCCAUACAACACAGACGUCCUAAAGACGUCCACAGGACGUCCUUUGGAUAAAGUAUAUAUUUAAGUACUGUUCAAUAUUUUAGGAGUUCAUUUUUAAGAUCAUUUUAUGAAAAAAUGAACAUAUGUUCGUAUGAACUUUUCUUUAUAAAAUAUUAAAAAAUCAACUGCUAAAAUAUCGGAGGGUACUUAAGAAAUACUCUGUAUAUUGUUCCAUUUGCUAUGACAUAUAUAUACAUGUAAUAUUUGCCGUCUCUCCAAAUUGCUUCUAUUUAAAUUAUUUUUCUGCGUGAACGUUAAGUCGCUCGUAACAAGAUAUUCUUCUCCGCUCAGUGCGUGUACAUAAAAAAUUCGUCGUCAGUUGAAUCUCAUGAACGUCAUUACGUCGCAUUACGAGCGAGCGAUUCUGCGUGAAUCAAUCAAUGACUUUUUAAGAGUCAUCAAUCAGAAUCAGCCUAUGCGUGAUUACUUUUCGAUUAAUUUGUUCACACAGCUACGAGAGAUCCUCGAUGCACUGAGGUACAUAUGUACAUGCGUGCGUGCGUGCGUGUAUGUGUGUGUGUAUGUGUGUGCGCGCAUUUAUGUUAAACGAUUACGCACAUUCGAAUGUCAUCGACAGAACUCUAUUAGUUUCCAAACGAUGUAAAGAAAAGAAAAAAAAGAAGUAUCGAUCAGUUAGACAGAGGUUUUGAUACAGACACUUUUCUAUGGCAAGUAGUCCGCGUGUAAAAACGACGCGCGCAAAACACGUAUAGAGCGUCCUCGUCGCGAUGAGAGAACUAUGACAGUAAUAGUUAGCGAGCGAAAUGACACGGUGAAGACGGCACGAGGGUCUCGCAAGAAACCAAAUAAGCGUCCCGCGCGUGGCUGUCUUACGAUGCACAAGCGCAAGCGUGAAUCACGUGAGUCCGCUUCAUCCGGCAAUGCGAGUCCUAUUUUCACCCGGGAAUCGUAACAGCAAACCGUUAACUAGGCCGUAUAAAUCACAAAAUGACCAUUUAUUUGCGACGAUGGAUUCGGGGUCGCGAUUAUCCGGUCGAAUCGUGUGUGGUUUCCUUCUAAUAUAUCUCUAAAAAAAUCCUAGAUAAAUGUGUUUUUAUUGUUAUACGUUUUAUUAUUACCACGUUGGAGACACAAUUGUUACAACCACGGUGUAAGGCUGAGUAAUGCACGAAAGAAAUGCAUUACGUUAAUUAUUCACAGUUUCUGCAUUUAAUUAUCCUUUCGUACCUCUUGUAACGCUGAUUUGAGAAGCCUUUGUAAUCGUGCAUUGAACGUUGAUAUCUUAAUUUUAUUCAUUGUUAUUUAUUUGUAUACACGCUUCCUAAGGAUUAUGAAAACCGCGUUAGUUUACACAAGCGAUUAAUAAUCACGAGCUCACAUGCUACUAAAAUUGAAUUAAGUACGUGUGACAAAUAAUACACAAAUAAAUGCAAUUAAUUACACCAUAAUUAUAAUAAUAUGCGGUUCAUAUGGAAAGAGAGAUUGAAUAUCGGGAAAGCGUUAGAUAAUUUUCGAUACACGAAAAAGAGAGAGAGAAAGAGUGUGUGUGUGUGUAUGCACGUACGCGCGUGCGUGCGUGGGUGUGUGUACGAAUGAAAUACAUCUUUAAUUCUACCGAUGACAUUUUCUUAUUAAUAUUUAAUCCAUAAUUUAACUC